AUGAGUGAAGAACAGUGGGUCUCCCUCACUCCAGAAGAAUUUGGCCAACUCCAGAAAUACGCAGAAUAUUCUUCCAAGAAGAUAAAGGAUGUUUUGGCUGAAUUUAAUGAGGGUGGGAGCCUCAAACAAUAUGACCCACAUAAGCCAAUUACCUAUGACGUCUUCAAGCUGUUCAUGAGGGCAUACCUGGAGGUGGACCUUCCUCAGCCGCUGAGCACGCACCUCUUCCUGGCCUUUAGCCAGAAGCCCAGACAGGAGACCCCUGACCACCCAAAUGACGGGGCCAGCAGCAGCGAGGCCAGUGGCCCAGAUUCCAACAUACAGAAUGCAGAUAACGCUGCCAAAGCAGACGAGGCUUGUGCCCCUGAUACGGAAUCAAAGAUCUCCAAGAAGCAGGUGCCAGCUAAAGACCAAGUGGCUGCGACCCCACUGGGAAACCCUGUUGCUCAGUCUUCAGGCUCAGAAUCUCCCAUAGUGUACCUGAAGGAUGUCGUGUGUUACCUGUCCCUGCUGGAGACAGGGAGACCUCAGGAUAAGCUAGAGUUCAUGUUUCGUCUCUAUGAUUCGGAUGAGAACGGUCUCCUGGACCAAGCGGAGAUGGAUCGUAUUGUCAACCAGAUGCUACACAUUGCCCAGUAUCUGAAGUGGGAUCCCACAGAGCUAAGGCCUAUACUGAAGGAGAUGUUACAAGGGAUGGACUACGACCAGGACGGCGUUGUGUCUCUCCAGGAGUGGGUCCACGGAGGGAUGACCACCAUCCCAUUGCUGGUCCUCCUGGGCAUGGAUGACUCUGGGUCCAAGGGGGAUGGGAGGCACGCCUGGACCAUGAAGCAUUUCAAGAAACCGACCUACUGCAACUUCUGCCACGUCAUGCUGAUGGGUGUUCGGAAGCAAGGCCUGUGCUGCAUUUACUGUAAAUACACUGUCCAUGAACGCUGCGUAUCCAAAAACAUUCCUGGGUGUAUCAAAACGAACUCAAAAAUCAAAAGGGGCGGCGAGGUGAUGCAGCACGCGUGGGUGGAAGGGAACUCCUCCGUCAAGUGUGACCGGUGCCACAAAAGUAUCAAGUGCUACCAGAGUGUCACCGCGCGGCACUGCGUGUGGUGCCGGAUGACGUUUCACCGCAAAUGUGAACUGUCAACACUGUGUGAUGGUGGAGAGCUCAGAGACCAUAUCUUGCUGCCGACGUCAAUAUGCCCCAUCACCCGAGACAGGCACGAUGAGAAGUCUGAUGGCAGUGCGUCCGCCAAGGGUGAACUUGUAACGCAGUAUAAGAUCAUCCCCACUCCGGGCACCCACCCCCUGCUGGUCUUGGUGAACCCCAAGAGUGGAGGGAGACAAGGAGAAAGAAUUCUUCGGAAAUUCCACUAUCUGCUCAACCCCAAACAAGUUUUCAACCUGGACAAUGGGGGGCCUACUCCAGGACUUAACUUUUUCCGUGAUACUCCGGACGUCCGUGUUUUGGCCUGUGGAGGAGAUGGGACCGUCGGCUGGAUUUUGGAUUGCAUUGAUAAGGCCAACUUCUCUAAGCAUCCCCCUGUAGCUGUCCUGCCUCUUGGAACAGGAAAUGACCUGGCCCGCUGUCUCCGCUGGGGAGGAGGUUACGAAGGGGGCAGCCUGACAAAAAUCCUGAAGGACAUUGAGCAGAGCGCCUUGGUGAUGCUGGACCGCUGGCAUCUGGAAGUCAUCCCCAGAGAGGAGGUGGAGAAUGGGGACCAGGUCCCGUACAAUAUCAUGAACAACUAUUUCUCCAUUGGCGUGGAUGCUUCCAUCGCACACAGAUUCCACGUGAUGAGAGAGAAACACCCUGAAAAAUUCAACAGCAGGAUGAAGAACAAGCUGUGGUACUUUGAAUUCGGCACCUCAGAGACCUUCGCAGCCACCUGCAAGAAACUCCACGACCACAUAGAGUUGGAGUGUGACGGGGUCGGGGUGGACCUGAGCAGCAUUUUCCUUGAAGGCAUUGCUAUUCUCAACAUUCCCAGCAUGUACGGUGGCACCAAUCUCUGGGGAGAAACCAAGAAGAACCGGACUGUGAUCCGGGAAAGCAGGAAGGUCGUCACUGACCCCAAGGAACUGAAAUUCUGCGUUCAAGACCUCAGUGACCAGCUUCUUGAAGUGGUGGGGCUGGAGGGAGCCAUGGAAAUGGGGCAGAUCUACACUGGCCUGAAGAGUGCAGGCAGGAGGCUGGCCCAGUGCUCCUCUGUCUCCAUCAGGACAAACAAGCUGCUGCCAAUGCAAGUGGACGGGGAGCCCUGGAUGCAGCCACCUUGCACGAUUAAAAUUACUCACAAGAACCAAGCGCCUAUGAUGAUGGGGCCCCCCCAGAAGAGCAGUUUCUUUUCUCUGAGGAGGAAAAGCCGUUCAAAAGACUAGACACUGUGCCCGAUGCCAGUUCAACCAAGAGAGAAGACAAGAAACUGAAACACGCGCGCACACACACACACACACACACACACACACACACACUCACUCUUCUCCAACCAGUGGAAGCCAAGCCACCCUUCAGGAAGAAAGCUUCACCCUGACAUCCAUUCUGUUUCAACCAUGGACACACUCCCGCAGAGCCCGUGCUGGCAGGACAUUUUGAAUGGACGUAGGGCCCUCCAGGGUGUGGCUGGCUUGUGCAGCAACCUCCACUUUCCCAGAAGGUCUUGAGCGGGACUUUCUGAGACUGAAGGAGACCCUCCCCCCUUUCUUUCCACCAGCCCUGCAAGUUUCCGCGCUCUGGAGAGGAGCAGGCUGAAGGUUUCCUGCCUAUGGUGAGAUCGGAUGUGGCCAAGGGAAAGAGCCUGCGUUCCAGAGGACUCUCACAAAGGUCCCUCUGUACGGAGACAAAAACGCCUCCGAGUCUCAGAGUACAGCCCUUGGCAGGGCUCAGCACGCGCACGCUGGUUUCUCGGUUGUCCUUCGAGCGACAGCUUCUCCCCGAACUUGCUGAGGAGGCAGAAAGGCUGUGGAAAGCUGUGUUUCCCUUCUUGGUUCUGCGCGCUGUCCGUGGGCACUCGUGAUGUUCCUGAAGCCUUCUGGUGGCUGUGUGUUUGUCUAGAGCCGGCUCCAGGAGCCCCCAGAGCUGCCGGCACAGCACACCUUAGAUGUGGUAUUUAUUUUCUUAGUUCUGUGAACACCUGGGAGGGAAAGCAGAGAAACUGGGAUUUAUUUUUCAAAUUGGUGUCAUAAUAUUGUGUAAAAAAGG